UGCAAAUAUAGAAUAACAUAAGCUAGCACAUAAGUGUAUUCCAGAAUGAGGGGAGCAGCAAUGCAACCAAACAUAAUGGACGUCUUGACUAUUACUGGGGUGUGUUGAGACCUAUUUUUAUACAGUAGAUGAUGGAGACCUUUACAUUUAUAAGGCAACAAUGUGUGGUUCUGCUCAUGUUUAUCAUCUUAUUUAUAUAUUAUAAUAAAAAAGAACUAGCGACGACAACAAAAACAGCGACGUGUAAAGAUUAAAGGACUGCAACUAAAGAUAUAAGGCUUAAUGUGCUGAUUGUUUUCUCAAUCAAUCAAAUGGUCAAUAAAAUAUUGAUAAAUGCCCAUCACAAUAUCCAAACCAAACCAACAACAACCAAAAUAUAUUAAAUUUCCAACCAUAUAAAACCGAGAUACGCAACAAAUUCUCAAAAUUGUCAGGCUGAAACCAGAGGAAGUUUGGCAUUUUUGCUUGAAAAAUGACCAGUUACGAGAUGUUUCCGCUCUAAACUCAAUAUUGACUUAUUUAGUGGAAAUUGACGCUUAACCUACGUCAAAUAGCCACAAAACACCACUUCAAACUGCAAACGUUGACGUAGGUUGUGCUCGAUGUUCUAAAAAUAAUACAUUUUCCGACAGCACUUGAAGGCAGCCUACGUUAGCCAGCAGGCUAGCUUAACAUUUUGCUAGCAUCGACAAAUUCGCGAUGCCUCCUUAUGCAGCUACAAAACACUGUUCGUUUAACGGUUCUGCUCCAUGGAUAAAGAAAUGAUGACCCCCCCUGGCUUAACACAGACUUAGCGAACUUGACAGAUUGACAAAUGGACGUCAAUGAGUAUGUUUUAUCAGCGGGCAGGUCCGUGCUGGACAUGGUGGAGCGGGAGUGGCAGCCCCUGUCUCCUGGCGAGCUGGAGCAGCGACUGGACCAGGCGGUGGAAGAGAUCCUGGAGGCUGACCUGAUAGCUAAACUUAAAACUCAGCCGCCGCCUCCUCCUCCUCCUCCUCCUCCUAUAUGUGUACAGUUACUGCAGAGCCAAGCUAAUGUGCAGCCCCAGGUUUUACAGACGACAACAUCCAGCAGUUCCCCGGAGGAUGAGGUACCAGCGCCCCGAGAACUGUUGGAUACUGUAGACGGUGCUGCAGUCAAGUACAUCACAGACAUGCUUCAAAGCUCCAAAUCCAGGGCCCGAAUGGCCGGACGGGCUCGCUUGUCUUUGUCCCACACUGUCCUGCUGUCCCUCACUCUGCUCUCCGAGCGCAUCAGCUACCGCUCUGUGUCCCGCCGCUUCCACCUGGAGAAAGGAAACAUCCACAGGAUCUUCUUUUCUUUCUGUGAGCGCAUCAACACGCUGGAAGAGAGGCACAUCAGGUGGCCAGUCGGCAAAGAGGCUGUAGAGGCCCUUUUCCCACUUUGUAGUCGUGAGAAGGAGCAGGAGGAGCAAGAAGGUGUCCCUCAGGUCCUGGGAGUGUUGGGACACACCCGCAUCCCUAUCCGUUUGCCUAUAGGGAAAUAUGAUGUGGAGAGCACAGUGCCUGAGGUGAAGAGGAUGAAGAAGGAGGCCCAUCCUGACUCCUGGCUAAACCUUGAGCUCACAUGCGACCGUAAAGGCCGGUUCCUACACUGCAGAAUCAGUAAAGGAUCAGACGUGGACAGAGGCGUCGCUCUGAGAGACAAACUUAAACAGCAUCCUGAACUGAUGCCCUCUAGCUCCUGCCUUGUGGCCAGAGCCGGUUACCCACUCACUGCUCAUAUUUUAACUUCAUACUCAGAAAGUCACGGACCAAGAGAGGAGCUCUUCAACCAGACACUGGAGGAGCAUUUUCACAUCCUGGAUCAGGCUGUUGCCAACCUGAGGGCCCGAUUUCAAAGGCUCAGGUAUCUGGAUAUUGGAAACUAUGAUCGAGCCAGAGCUGUUGUGCUGACCGCCUGUGUGUUGCACAAUGUGUUUUUGGACAUGGGACAAGUGGUACAAGGAGAAGUUGAGAAAGAGGUAGCCAUAAUCCAAGAGGGAGAGACGGAAGUAGAUGAAGAGGGUGUACACAGACGGAACGUCAUCUCAGAUUUGUUGUUUAAAAACGUUGAUUCUGGAAGCACAUGAUGUGAUGAUGUGUGGUGGGAAACUUGGGUUCCUUGAUGUAAAUGUACAGUUUUGUAAUAUAAAGGUUUAUUUUAACAGUCUCUACUGUCUGCACACAUAACACUCAGGGAUAUAUUUCUUGUUAAGGCAUUUACACGGUGUGUAACAGUUGUCCACUGAAAGAUGUAACAGCCAAUACAUGUCUCUAAUGUAGCAUAAUAAAGCAUAUGGGUAAGGAACACAAAUAA